AUGUCCCGGGCAACAAUGCGGGACAUGGCACUCCUCCUAGUCACCAGCGAGGCCGACGUGGAGGGACUGGUGUUGCGGCUUUCCUACUUGGCGCGGGACCAAUGCCGCCAUCGCGUCCGGAAGAUAUUGCUGUUACUCAGCUUUAUGCUAAUCUGGACAGGCAACAGCAGGCACCUCCAGCUGUUCUUGAGCAGUCAGUUCCUCCCGACGCACACUAUUACUAUCCUCCCCUGGUGGCUGCAGUUGUGGAGCCUCUGGCAGAAGGCAAUGGAGAAGUUUGAGGUGUCUCUCCAGCUCAACACCAGAGAUCUGGAGAAGGCAGUUUGUCCUGCAAUCGUGAAGUUCCCUGUUGACAUCUCCCCCACGGCCUUUCUCUUGGAGGUUUGCUGCACAAUGGCCAUCGACCACGCAGAUCACCUUGGGUGGAAGCUCAAUACCGAUCGUCGCAGUGAUGAACAUAUCCAACUCGAAAGUGCCGAUGACGUGGAUAUCGCUAUCAAGCACACGAUCGAGCGACGAGCAAAGGCAGUCAGCCGAAAUAUUGUCCUAGAGGUUGUGAACAAGGACUACAAGCCUGGUGCGACAACGAUGAAAAAGGCUGAUGCCGCACCUGUAACCAAGUCAACAGAGUUGGCUUACAGGGAAGAAAUGCAACUGGUCAAGGAGAAGCUCCAUUGUGCGAGGUGCCGUAAUGAGAACAAGUGGUGCUACGUCGAUCCAACUGACCCGAAAGACCAUGUCCCUCUCGACAUCAAGCACCUCACAUUGUGGGCCAGAAUAAUACAUGACGGCAAAGCAGAACGGGACUGUAUUGAUCCUCCGAACUGUCUCAACCUGGACAAGUUGCGCACUCAUCGGAUGCACUCGACACGUCAAGCGAAGGUUGCAGAUGGCUCGGCACUCCCUCCCAUCCAUCUCCAUUUAGGUUCUCUCCUCUGCGACAUUUCGUCAAACCAUCAUGCACAUCACAAGCAUCACCACCGCAGUCCAAGCUCAUUGGAAUCUGAGUGCUCCAAGUCCGAGUCUGAUGACAAGGCAACUUCUGUGGUAGUGCCGAUUCAGGACAUAUUGGCAGAGCUGGAGAAGAUGCAGCCCGCAGCCAAGUACCCCCAGUUCUAUGAUGCUUGGGCAGCGAAGGGUGUUCUCUACAGUGGGAGUGCACUUUACUUUGAUGUCAAGUGGUAUGUGCGUGAGGUGAGAAUGCCGGAGGGAUUGGUGCGACCUUUCUUAGGUCAGGUGAAGAGUAUGGUGGAGCCCAAGAAGUCGAAGAAGCAUUCCAGGCAUGGUAAGAAGAGGGUACAUGUCGCAGCCAAUACUGAUGCCGACAGUGAUGACAAAAAUUGUCCUGUUCACAUUUAG